AUGUUAGAAAUCAUUGAUUUGGUUAAUCAAAUAAAAUAGCAAUUAGGAAAUAGAAAUGUACUUCUUUAUUUAAAUGUUAAUAGGAUGAUGAUUUAAUAAUAUAAUCUUUUAUAUUAGGAUUAUUGUAAGGCAAGGCCAAUCCUUAUUCAUAAGAGUAUUUACAAGAAAAUUUAGAAACCUUAAUGAACCUUAAUAUGCUAAUUGACAUUAAUAUUUAUAAACCACAAAGAGUUCAGAAAUUGUUUAAUGAUAUUUUGUAAGGAUCCAAAACUGUAUUUUAUUAUAAUUAAGUAACAAGUUGUAGUAACUCUCUACUCUUUUAGAAGCAGAGGUCUUUAAUGAGAUUGAAGAAAUAUAAGAUAAUUAAUAAAAUUAAGAUAACUAAAAUUAAAUAAAUCAAUAGUUUAUUAUAAAAUAAUAGAAUUUGAAUCAAGAUCAGGAAAAUUAUAAAAAAGUCUAAUAAAAUUCUGUUAAAUUUUAACUUUUUAAAUAGAACUAACAAUAAGAAUAAUAAUAAUAAAAAUAGAUAAAUUCAAAAAAUAAGAAAAUUUUGAAAGAAGAGAAAAAUGCUUAAAAAAUACAGCUAUAAUUAAAUUAGAAUAGUUUAAACGAAUCUAACAGUUUAAAGUUAGCGCAUUAAUUGCAAUAAUAGUAAUUUGAUUGUUCAUAAGAAUAGAUUUGAUGAAGAGGAUAAUUUGAUGAAGUAAUUUGAAAUAGAAUAACAUUUUGAAGAAUAUUAAGCAGUGCAGAUUGAAAAGAAAAAUUAAGUUGAAUGCAAAAUUUGUUUAGAAUAUAUUCCAUUUAUAGAAUUGGCAACUUUAUAUUGUUCACAUAUGUACCAUUAGAAAUGUUUAGCUUAAUAUUGCCUUACUUAAAUGGAAUCUAGAUAAUUUCCAAUUUUGUGUCCUUCAGAAUGCAAGAAAAAUAUAAUAUAUUCUGAUUUAAUAGAGGUUUUAGAUGACAAAUAAAUAUUGUAAUUUCAAAAAUUGACAUUUAAAGCCUAUAUUGAUACUCAUAAUAAUGAGGUAUGUAUUUUAGAUAUACAACUAGUAUUCUUGGUGUCCAACUCCAGAUUGUUAAUAUGUUUUUGUUUUAGGAGAGUAGUCUUAAUUUGAAUGUCCAGUUUGCCAAAAAAGAUAUUGUUUAGAAUGUAAAAUUGAAUAUCAUAAUGGAUUUUCAUGUUAAGAAUAUUAAAAGAAAAUAAAAAUGGAAAAUCAGAAAGCGUUAGAUGAUAAAUUCUUUAGUUUUAUAAAAGGGGCUAAGUAUAAAUAAUGCCCUUAAUGCAAGUUUUGGGUAGAAAAGAGUGAAGGAUGUAAUCAUAUGACUUGUAGAUGUAAAUUUGAAUUCUGUUAUGUUUGUGGAGGAGUUUAUGAGAAAUGUGAAUGUGUGAUAUAAGCGCAUGCUAAUUGGCCUAGAACUUUGAGAAGAAAUCGAAGAUGAAGGAAC